CUUCUCGAGACUAUUUUAAUUGUUUUGUUGAUUAGGUCGAGUCAGUACAAUGGACUUUUGAAAACAUUGAUGCCAUAACGAGUCAAGGAGAACUUAAACACUUGGCAGAGUUUUUAUCAAAGAAACAAUUUGAUUUGGUUAUUAAUCUUCCCAUGCGAAAUGGGGGUGCGCGAAGAGUGUCUUCUUUCAUGACACAUGGGUACAGAACCCGGCGUUUGGCUAUAGACUACUCUAUUCCUCUCGUCACCGACGUCAAAUGUACUAAACUUCUAGUAGAGGCUUUGAGACGUAUUGGAAAAGCUCCUCCUCCAAUGAAAACACACACGGAUUGUAUAUCUUCUCGCCGACUGGUCAAGCUACCAGGGCUCAUCGACACCCAUGUUCAUGUCAGAGAACCCGGAGCUACUCACAAGGAAGACUACGCCUCUUGCACCGCUGCUGCUUUGGCAGGAGGAGUCACCAUGAUUUGUGCGAUGCCUAACACUAAUCCUGCUGUCACAAAUCAGGAAACUCUAAAGCUAGUCAAAGAUAUAGCACGGAAAAAUGCCCGAUGUGAUUAUGCUAUCUACAUGGGGGCCUCCUCAGACAACUACUCCACAAUAUCAGAACUAGCACACGAAGUCGCAGGUCUCAAAAUGUACCUCAAUGAGACUUUCACAACCUUGAGACUCAACGAUCUUAAUACGUGGGGCAAACACUUGGCAAAUUGGCCCAAAAAAGCCCCGAUUUGUGUACAUGCAGAAGGCCAAACGACUGCUGCUAUUAUCUUGAUGGCAAGUUUGCAAAAUCGGCCAAUUCACAUCUGUCAUGUUGCUCGAAAAGAAGAAAUUUUGAUUAUUAAAGCGGCAAAAGAGAAAGGCUUGAAUAUCACCUGUGAGGUUUGCCCUCACCACCUAUUUUUAUCAACUGAAGAUAUUAAAACUUUGGGGGUGUGCAAAAGUCAAGUUCGACCGGUGUUAAUGUCACUAGAGGACCAACAAGCCCUUUGGGAUAAUUUACACAUGAUUGAUUGUUUUGCCACCGAUCAUGCCCCUCAUACUCUGGAGGAGAAGACCAGUUCGAACCCUCCCCCAGGUUUCCCCGGGCUUGAAACCAUCCUCCCUUUACUCCUAAAUGCAGUUAACGAAAAGAAAUUGACCGUUGAUGAUAUUAUCACCAAGUUUUAUCUGAAUCCGAAGAGAAUUUUCAACUUGCCGGACCAACCUAACACUUAUGUUGAAAUCGAUUUGGAUGAGGAGUGGACUAUUCCCGACACAACGGCUUAUAGUAAAGCAGAAUGGACUCCUUUUGCCGGCAGAAAGGUUAAGGGGGCUGUUCACCGGGUUGUCCUACGAGGAGAAGUGGCCUUCGUCGACGGCCAAAUUUUGGUCCAGCCCGGUUUUGGGCAAAACGUCCGAAAUUGGGAAUCGAAAAAAACCUACGACGAGGUUGUAAACCCUCCCGUUGUUACCGGUGGGGAGUACAACGACGGCCAGACUAACGAAAUUUUCAAGAAAUUGUUAUCCGGGGGUGGAAAAGUCCAAUUCUCUGCCACUAACGAACUCCACGUUGAUAGUCGACUUGGCGUCACCUCCCCCACCCCUGUGGGCCCCCGUAUCCGCACUGAUAGUUUCUCCCAAAUGGAGCAACCCCACCACAGUCUUGCUAAUAAACACAUCAUUUCGGUCGAUAUGUUCACCAAAGAC